UCUCGUGCGGAGCUGGAGCGAAAUGGACACGGACACUUGUUUGUCUUUCUCUUCGCAGAGCAGCAGGCGGACUCCGGACACCCCUCCUGGUCUGGAGCACGGCUCUGGCCCGGGGACCUUCUUGCACUGCGAUGAACUGAAAGCCCCGCACCUUGGUCCACUGCAGCAUCGCCUGAGUUUACGCGGGGACCUGUACACGGCGGCCAUGGCGGACUUUACGCACGGAGGUGCGCAGGCCACUGCGCCCGGUUCUCCGGGAAAACACGGCAAGUUUCUAGAAAGUUUGAAUCAGGACCAAAAGGGGACUGUGGUCAGUGGGAAACCAGGAUUUUAUGACUCCAGCUCAGAUGGCAGAGAAAAGGGAACCCCUAAAGCCCUGGUCUACCCUGGGAUCGGCUCGGACUGUUGUGCAAAGAUGAAAGAAGCUGCAAGCAUGAUCCAAGGAGACUCCAUUGCAGACUCCAUCGAUCUGUCGGGCAAAAACAAAAAGCGCCGAAACCGCACUACGUUCAGCACCUUUCAGCUGGAGGAGCUGGAGAAGGUCUUUCAGAAAACGCACUAUCCUGACGUGUACGCCCGCGAGCAGCUGGCCCUCCGCACAGAGCUGACGGAGGCGCGGGUACAGGUUUGGUUUCAGAACCGCAGAGCAAAGUGGAGGAAACGGGAACGCUACGGCAAGAUUCAAGAGGUCCGCAACCACUUUGCUGCUACCUACGACUUAUCUCUACUGCCUCGCCAUGACACAUAUCAGAUGCAAGGUAAUCUCUGGCCCGGAGCGCCCUCAGCCGGAGGAGGAGGUUCAGCCGCUGGUUGUGUCCUGGGACCUGACCCUUCAUCCUGCAUGAGCCCGUACCCUCACCCUCACAGUAACCUGCAGAGCUUCAUGGGGAUGCCCACCUCACCCACUCACCCCCAUCACCACCAUCCUCCGCACCAUCACCACCCGGGCAUCAACGGCCUCUACUCUCUCCACAGCUUCCCCGGGGGCCUGGGCUCCCCCUCCAUCGAUGGACCGGAGACAGAGUACAAGCCCACUGGCCUGGUAGCACUGCGGAUGAAAGCCAAAGAGCCGGGCAGCAUUCUCUCCUGGCCCACAUGACCACAACAAUGCCAACUCUCCAUUAUGCACUGACUGAGCCAAAGCAUAUUACAUUACUGAUCUAGUGCAAAUGUAAACAGCUGCUCAGCCUAUGACUCAAAUAUUCCCUCUCAGCAUUUGUACAAGCAACACAAAGACAUUUCACAAUUCUGACGAGGACUGUUGAAAAUGGAGAAAUAACCCUUGCACGUAAAACCAACUAUAAUAAUAGUAACUACAUCUCACCUCUUUUACAUUUGAUAUGUCCAGUAAAACAAUGGUGG